AUGGACCUGAGGGAAUUUUACUUGUUGACCGCUUUGAUUGCCUGUUUAAGGCUGGAUUCUGCUGUAGCUCAAGAACUUAUUUACACUAUUAGAGAGGAGCUGCCUGAAAAUGUCCCCAUAGGAAACAUACCAAAGGAUCUGAACAUUUCUCACAUCAAUGCUGCCACGGGGACCAGUGCCAGCCUUGUCUACAGACUGGUGUCUAAAGCAGGGGAUGCCCCUCUGGUCAAAGUGUCCAGUACCACCGGGGAGAUCUUUACAACAUCAAACAGAAUAGACAGAGAAAAACUCUGCGCUGGCACUUCCUAUGCAGAAGAAAAUGAGUGUUUCUUUGAACUUGAAGUGGUGAUUCUCCCCAAUGACUUCUUUAGGCUGAUCAAGAUAAAAAUAAUUGUGAAGGAUACUAAUGACAAUGCACCUAUGUUUCCAUCCCCUGUCAUCAAUAUCUCCAUACCAGAAAACACUCUGAUCAACAGUCGCUUUCCAAUCCCAUCAGCAACAGAUCCUGAUACAGGUUUCAACGGUGUGCAGCACUACGAGUUGUUGAACGGGCAGAGUGUGUUUGGCCUGGAUAUUGUAGAAACUCCAGAAGGAGAGAAAUGGCCUCAACUGAUUGUGCAGCAGAACUUGGAUAGAGAGCAAAAGGACACCUACGUGAUGAAAAUCAAAGUGGAGGAUGGAGGUACCCCACAGAAAUCCAGCACAGCUAUCCUGCAAGUCACAGUAAGUGAUGUCAAUGAUAACAGGCCAGUUUUUAAAGAGAGUCAAGUAGAGGUUCAUAUACCAGAGAAUGCGCCUGUAGGCACUUCUGUAAUUCAGCUUCAUGCUACAGAUGCAGAUAUAGGAAGCAAUGCAGAAAUCAGAUAUAUUUUUGGUGCCCAAGUUGCGCCUGCGACCAAAAGAUUUUUUGCUUUAAACAACACCACAGGGCUGAUCACAGUUCAGAGGUCCUUAGAUCGGGAAGAGACUGCUAUUCACAAAGUGACAGUGCUGGCUAGUGAUGGCAGCUCUACACCAGCUCGGGCAACUGUGACCAUCAAUGUCACUGAUGUAAAUGAUAACCCUCCGAACAUAGACCUCAGGUACAUAAUAAGUCCCAUCAAUGGCACAGUGUACUUAUCUGAGAAAGAUCCUGUCAAUACAAAGAUUGCCCUAAUUACGGUUUCAGAUAAGGACACUGAUGUGAAUGGCAAAGUGAUCUGUUUCAUUGAGAGAGAGGUCCCCUUCCACCUGAAGGCAGUUUACGACAACCAGUAUUUGUUAGAGACCUCUUCCUUGUUGGACUACGAGGGCACCAAAGAAUUCAGCUUUAAAAUUGUUGCUUCUGAUUCUGGCAAGCCCAGUUUGAACCAGACUGCCCUGGUAAGAGUUAAGCUGGAGGAUGAAAAUGACAACCCUCCGAUUUUCAGCCAGCCUGUAAUUGAGCUGUCAGUUUCUGAAAACAACCGUCGCGGUCUAUACUUAACAACUAUUAGUGCCACAGAUGAAGACAGUGGGAAAAAUGCAGACAUUGUUUAUCAGCUUGGCCCUAAUGCCUCCUUUUUUGAUCUGGAUCGAAAGACGGGAGUUUUGACAGCCUCCAGAGUUUUUGACAGAGAAGAACAGGAGCGUUUCAUUUUCACUGUUACAGCCCGAGACAAUGGCACCCCUCCUUUGCAGAGUCAAGCAGCUGUAAUUGUUACUGUGUUGGAUGAAAAUGACAACAGUCCCAAAUUUACUCAUAAUCAUUUCCAGUUUUUUGUAUCAGAGAACCUACCAAAGUAUAGCACUGUGGGGGUGAUCACGGUGACUGAUGCAGAUGCUGGGGAAAACAAAGCGGUGACCCUUUCUAUUCUCAAUGACAAUGACAACUUUGUGCUGGAUCCCUUCUCUGGAGUUAUAAAGUCCAAUGUUUCUUUUGAUCGAGAACAGCAGAGCUCCUAUACCUUUGAUGUCAAGGCAGUUGAUGGAGGACAACCUCCUCGCUCUUCUACAGCAAAAGUGACCAUAAAUGUCAUGGAUGUUAAUGAUAACAGUCCUGUUGUCAUCUACCCACCUUCUAAUACUUCUUUUAAGCUGGUGCCACUCUCAGCAAUUCCAGGAUCAGUGGUAGCAGAAGUGUUCGCAGUGGAUAUCGACACCGGAAUGAACGCUGAACUGAAGUACACAAUAGUGAGUGGAAAUAGCAAAGGUCUGUUUCGGAUUGAUCCAGUGACAGGUAACAUCACUCUGGAGGAAAAGCCAACUCCUAAUGAUGUGGGGCUGCAUCGCUUAGUUGUCAACAUAAGUGAUUUGGGUUAUCCCAAAUCUUUGCAUACUCUUGUCCUUGUUUUUUUGUAUGUAAAUGAUACUGCUGGAAAUGCCUCUUAUAUUUAUGACUUGAUACGCAGGACUAUGGAAACGCCUCUGGACAGGAACAUAGGAGACAGUAGCCAACCCUACCAAAACGAGGACUAUCUCACAAUCAUGAUUGCUAUUGUGGCAGGUGCCAUGGUUGUCAUAGUGGUGAUAUUUGUCACUGUUCUUGUUCGCUGCCGGCAUGCAUCCAGAUUCAAAACCGCCCAGAGGAGCAAACAAGGUGCUGAAUGGAUGUCUCCCAAUCAGGAGAACAAGCAAAGCAAGAAAAAGAAAAGGAAGAAAAGGAAAUCUCCGAAGAGUUCUCUUUUGAACUUUGUGACCAUUGAGGAGUCCAAACCUGAUGAUGCAGUUCAUGAACCCAUCAAUGGGACAAUAAGCCUUCCAGCGGAGCUGGAGGAGCAAAGUAUAGGAAGAUUUGAUUGGGGCACAGCACCACCAACAACCUUUAAGCCUAACAGUCCUGAUCUUGCCAAGCAUUACAAAUCUGCCUCUCCUCAGUCUGCUUUUCAUCUCAAACCUGACACUCCCGUUUCAGUGAAAAAGCACCACGUGAUUCAGGAACUCCCUUUGGACAACACCUUUGUUGGUGGCUGUGACACCCUUUCCAAACGCUCUUCCACUAGUUCAGAUCACUUCAGUGCCUCAGAGUGCAGUUCCCAAGGAGGCUUCAAGACAAAGGGCCCCUUACACACCAGACAGGGGGAAUCCUUCAGCAAGAACAAUGGUAUUCCUGUUACACACCAAGAAUGUCCGAAAGAGACGUCUUUUCAUGUCUAUUCAUCUGACAGUUCACACUCCAGAUCCCAGCGCCGUGUUACAUUUCACCUCCCCGAUGGCUCCCAGGAAAGCUGCAGUGACAGUGGUCUGGGAGACCACGAGCCGGUGGGUGGUGGAACCCUGAUCUCACACCCUCUCCCUCUGGUUCAGCCGCAGGAUGAGUUCUACGACCAGGCCUCACCAGACAAGAGGACUGAAGCUGAUGGCAACUCCGACCCCAACUCGGAUGGGCCUCUUGGGCCAAGAGGAUUAGCUGAAGCGACAGAGAUGUGUACUCAAGAAUGCCUGGUUUUGGGUCAUUCAGAUAAUUGUUGGAUGCCUCCCAGCCUGGGUCCAUACCAACAGCCAAAGUCUCCUAUGUCUACCUUUGCAUCUCAGAAAGAAUGGGUUAAGAAGGACAAAUUAGUUAAUGGACACACACUGACCAGGACCUGGAAAGAAGAUAGCAACAGAAACCAGUUCAGUGAUAGAAAGCAGUAUGGUUCCAGUGAAGGCCAUUUCAACACUGGCAAUCACAUGACUGAUAUUCCUCUGGCCAACUUGAAGUCUUAUAAACAGGCCUCAGGAGCUGCUGAGAGUCCAAAGGAGCACCAGCUAUAA